AACUUUGACCUGCUUCGAGCUGUUUUCUGUUUUAAGUGUUGAAGCCCUCCCAUCUUCAUCGUUCUGCCUCUCUCUUGUUCAUUCCUCUCUCAUUUCCCCUGCAAAGGUAGUCCUGUAUCCAGACAAAGGGUGAAAGCUCGGUGCCCCUUUUGUUGGAUAAUCUUACUUCUUUGACCUCACCGGUGGGGGGUUGAUACUCUCAAGGAUCCCCACUUUCUCAGUUGAGAAACCACCAUGCCCUGGGAGGGUCCCAUUUCUCAGCUCAUCAUGGUCACCGUGGUGAUAUGAAAGCCAGUGUGAAAAGUUGACACACCCACACAGACUCGCACACAGACGGUCAGUUACUGACUGACACAGCCAGCCAGCCAGCUCGGCGGGCAGGCGGUGUGUAAUGGACAGGUGUAAGCAUGUCGGGCGGUUGCGGCUCGCCCCGGACCACUCCAUCCUCAACCCCCAGAAGUGGCACUGCGUGGACUGCAACACCACCGAGUCCAUGUGGGCGUGCCUGGGCUGCGCUCACGUGGCGUGCGGGCGCUACAUCGAGGAGCACGCCCUGCAGCAUUUUCAGCAGCAGCGCCACCCUUUGGCGAUGGAGGUUAAUGAACUUUACGUCUUUUGUUAUUUGUGCGACGACUACGUCCUGAACGAUAACGCCACCGGAGACCUGAAGCUGCUUCGUAGCACGCUCAGCGCCAUCCAGAGCCAGCGCUAUGAGGUCACCACCCGCAGUGGGCGCACACUCCGCUCUGCUAGUGCCGGCCCAGACGCCGUCAUGCCGUCCGGAGCCCGUGAGCUGCAGCUGAGGGACGAGGACAGGAUGUUUACUGCACUUUGGCACCGGCGAAGGGCGCUGAUGGGACGCGUCUUCCGCUUCUGGUUCGGACUGACCGAAUGCGGGAAGAAGAGGGAGGAAGAGGAGAGAAAGACGGAGGAGGAGGAGGAGCAGAAAAGGGAGGCGAGGGAGAGAAGGCGAGAGCUAAAGAGGCAGCUACAGGAGGAGCUGGAGAACGCCCCCCUCAGGAAGAGUCGCCGGCUACGCUGUAAGAGCCAGAGAGUCGCAGAUGCGGCGGUCACAACACCAUCUCAGAGGACGUGCAACAAGACGAAAACACCCGUGCCCACGUCGCUCACCUGCAGGCCGAGGACUCAAAGCCCUGCCCCGGCCACCGCCAAGAAGUCUGGACGGACGAAAAAGGUCCAACCAACUCCCAAACCCCGCACCCGUUCUUCUACCGCCAAAUCUAAACCCAGAACGCCCUCAGCGAGAGCCCAAACACCAACACGCCGCAAGCAGACUACCAAACAGAGUGGCUCACCCUUUAAACGGCGUCCCACCGUCACACCAGGAGUGACGGGCCUGCGGAAUUUAGGAAACACGUGUUAUAUGAACUCCAUCCUGCAGGUGCUGAGUCACCUACACGUCUUCAGGGAGUGCUUCCUGCGCCUGGAUCUCACCCAGGCACUCGAGCUACUGGCGUCUGCUGUCCACGGUCAACUGGCGGGGAAGGCCUCAUCCCAGUCCCCCCUGACGCAAAGGAAGGGUUUCCAGGCCAGCUCGGGCUCUGGGUCGGGACUGAGCGGCGGGGCGUCACGGGGCCGCAGCAUGGAGCUGAUACAACCCAAAGAGCCCAGCUCGAAGCACAUCUCUCUCUGCCACGAGCUGCACACCUUGUUCCAGGUCAUGUGGUCCGGCAAGUGGGCGCUGGUAUCGCCUUUUGCCAUGCUGCACUCGGUGUGGCAGCUGAUCCCGGCGUUCAGGGGCUACGCUCAGCAGGACGCGCAGGAGUUCCUGUGCGAGCUGCUGGACAAAGUGCAGCACGAGCUGGAGAGCACCGGGACGCACACGACCACGGCGGGAGUCCCCCAGAAACGACUCAUCAAGCAGGUGCUCAGCGUGGUGAACACCAUCUUUCACGGCCAGCUCCUCAGCCAGGUGACGUGCCUGGCCUGCGAUCAUCGCUCCAACACCGUGGAGCCGUUCUGGGAUCUGUCUCUGGAGUUCCCCGAGCGCUAUCACAGCAACAGCAGGGAGUCGGCCUCUCAGGCGUCGUGUCACUUGACGGAAAUGCUGGCCAAGUUCACAGAGACUGAAGCACUGGAGGGAAACAUCUACGCCUGUGACCACUGUAACUCUGCUCGACGGCGGACCUCCUCCAAAUCAGUCUACCUGACCGAAGCACAGAAACAGCUGAUGGUCCACAAACUGCCUCAGGUCCUGCGGCUUCACCUCAAACGCUUCAGGUGGUCUGGGCGGAACCACCGGGAGAAGAUCGGAGUCCACGUCACCUUCGACCAGCUCCUCAACAUGGAGCCGUACUGCUGCCGGGAGCCCUCGCCCAGAGGCGUGUCCUGCUCGAGCCCCAGCAGCCCGAGCUCCGCGGGCUCGCCGCGUCCCAAGCACUUCCUCUAUGACCUCUCAGCUGUGGUGAUGCAUCAUGGGAAGGGCUUCGGUUCUGGCCACUACACCUCCUACUGCUACAACACAGAGGGAGGCUUCUGGGUUCACUGUAAUGACUCUAAGCUGAACGUGUGCUCGGUGGAGGAGGUGUGCCGCGCUCAGGCCUACAUCCUCUUCUACACACAGCGAGUAACUCAGGACAAAGACCGGCCGCUAUAGGACCACAGUCCCUUCAACCUCCUCUUCCUCCUCGAUAUCAGCACAGCCCCACCUAUCGCUCUUUCUCUCUUUCUUCGGGCAUUUUAUAUCCUGGGAGGACGGGAGGGUUAAAAAAAAAAAGAGAGAGAGAGAGAGAGGCAGGACUCUUUUUUUGUUUUGUUUUUAAAAGAACCUGGUUCUGCUUUGUGAACUUGUUGUAAAUUAUGUUUAUAUGUAGGUAUUUUCUAAAAAAAAAAAAGAAAGGAUGGUGUUUGUGAUCUGUGUACAGAUGUAUUUUAUAAAAGAGUAUCAGCCAAGAUGUGUCCCAAGUAGCAGCCAACAUUAAGGACUUACAAGUGUCCUCCUCACAGAUCGUACAGGUGUAUUCACGUGUCUGCCUACCUGCGUUCGGUGGCUUUGUUGAUUGUAAAUGCUGUUUUUUUUUUUUUUUUUUUUCCUCAGUCACUUUAGAUAGUGGUCACAGAACUGGAUGUAGGGUUGUAAACAUGUCAUUCGGCCUCCCCUGUGUUGUAGACAGGUAAAUUCUUUACAGGCCGCUGUUCCUGCCAGAAAUGCACUAAUUUCUACAGAAGAGGUCGCGUUUGUUCGUAGUUUUUUUUUGUACACAAAGCGGGGCAGGAAGGUUAUUUUUCACCCUGAAGACGUGUUUGGCAGACCUCAAGCCAAAGCCUCGGGGAGGAGGGGGGGGAAAAGCGUACGGAAAAUCCUCUCAGCAAUUUCCAAAACGGUUUAACACUCGCUGGAUGUUUCCAAAGGGAUGUUUUUAUUAUUUUUUUUAAUAGCUAAACGCUGCCACCUCUCUGCUCCAGAAUGUAAUUCAGAGCCUGAACCAUCCCCUGCCCAAAAACAACAAACAAACUAGUGUUGUAGAAAUGUGCCCUUUGAGAAGUCAGAUAUAUUUUUAUAGUUCAUAUCAAUUAAAAAAAAAACAGACCAGCAUUUAGAUUAUGAAUGUAUUUUUAUACAAUCCUCCUUUUUAGAAAAGAGGCCAUGAACUGUUUUUUUUAAAAGGUUUUUAUAAACAACCGCUGAUUGUUCGACACCACCAGCAGUUAUCACAGAUAUCACUGUUCUCCCAGCGUUAAAGUGUGUUCUCAGAUUUAACACAUGUAUUACAGAUUGUGAUAUUUAUCAAAACAAAUGUAUUCUCCACCUCAAACCAUGUUCUCCGUCACAGGAGGAGUUCAAAGCACACUUCAUGUUUUUAUUCUUUUUUUUUUUUGUCAGACGUGAUUCAUUUUAUUUGUUUGUUGGCAUUUUUGGUUAACUACUCCAUGGAUGUGUGUGUGUUGUGUGUAAAUUUAUGGAAGUUAUACUAUGCAAAUUGUUACCUCAAUUUUUUUUCUAGAGAAAAUUACCUCAAAUAAAUGAGAAUAUUUUUUCAUUUUUCUACAAAA